GGGGAACUGUAACCUACAAUGGUUAUAAGCUCAAUGAGUUUGUUCCAUGCACAGAAGACAUCAGCUUAUAUAAGUCAAUAUGUCUUGCACAUUUCUGAAAUGACUGUGAGGGAAGCACUGGAUUUCGCAGCACGCUGUCAGGGUAUUGGAAGCAGAGCAGGUGCCCUAUUUUCUUCACAUCUUAUGGCCAUAGUCAUAUUCUAUAAAACUAGAUUUAACUUGGAAGCUGUUACAACGACAUAUAUAAUGAAAGAAGUCACCAGAAGGGAGAAGCAAGAAGGAAUUGUCCCAGAUUCAGAUAUUGAUACUUAUAUGAAGGCCAUUUCGGUAGAAGGGUUGAAAAAAUCUCUCAUGACAGACUACAUAAUAAAGAUCCUUGGGCUAGACAUUUGUGCUGAGACAAUCGUAGGAGAUCCAAUGCAAAGAGGAAUUUCGGGUGGCCAAAAGAAAAGACUAACAACAGUUUGCUGUAUCCGACACGGCAAAUAG